AGCGACAUGGGUCCUCUUGCAUUGCUUCGGUUCCUCUUCAUACUGUUAUGGCUAGCAAUGGCAACAUCAAAGUUGCCAAUGGCAAAGUCCCACUGCUCAGAUAAAUGUGGUAAUAUCACAGUUCCCUACCCCUUCGGCUUUGGAGAUAAUAAAAGCUGUAACAGAAGUGGGUUUGGGUUAACCUGCAACAACAGUUACAACUCUCCAAAACUAUUCUUUCUAAACUUGGAAGUGUUGGACAUUUCUUUACAAGGAGAAAUGCGAGUUAUGAAAUACAUAAGUAGGGAUUGUUACAACGCAUCAGGCCCUAUCUUUUCGAACGACCCUACUCUCAAUAUGAAAGGUCUUCCCUUCACCUACUCGGAUACCCAGAAUAGAUUCACAGUUCUGGGUUGUGACACCAGUGCUUAUAUCAUGGGCUCAGAUGGUCGGAACUUUAGUACUGGUUGCAACAUGGUAUGCGGAGGUAAAGACGAUCCCAUGGAUGGUUCUUGCUCUGGAAUCGGUUGCUGCCAGACCUCCAUCCCGAAGGGUUUCAAGAGUUGCGAAAUAGGGAUUGAAAGCUUUAACAAUCACAGCUAUGUCUUGGAAUUCAAUCCUUGCAGCUACGCUUUCCUGGUUGAUAUGAACUGGUACAACUUCUCUAUAUCCCAUCUCUUGAAUUUUAGUAAUGAUAUUGACAAAGAAGGUUAUUCUCAAGUUCCGAUUGUGUUAGAUUGGGCAAUAGAGAGUCCAUCUUGUGAAGAAGCUAAGAAAAACAACACCACUUACGCCUGUGGCAUCAAUUCUGACUGCUCUAAGUCCAAGAACGGUCUUGGGUAUAAUUGCAGCUGUUCCGACGGUUACGAAGGGAAUCCUUACCUGCCAAAUGGAUGCCAAGACAUAAAUGAAUGUAUACAUAGUCCCUGCAAUUGGACUUGUACCAAUCUGCGUGGCGGUUACAAUUGUUCUUGCCCACCUGGUUAUUCCGGAGACGGGAGAAAAGAUGGAAAUGGAUGUAUUCCUCCUCAAAAGCAUAACAAGCCGUAUCCAGUGAUUCAGAUCAUCAUAGGUACUGGCUUGGGCUCCUUGUUUCUAAUUAUUGGUAGCUUCUUGGUGUUUUACACACUUCAAAAGAGAAAGGAUAACAAACUUAAGCAGAAAUUCUUCAAGCAAAAUGGAGGUUUCUUGUUGAAGAAAGAGUUGUCUAACCGUGAAGGAUCCGUUGAAGCUGCAAAAAUCUUUGGAGCUGAAGAACUAAAGCAGGCAACUAACAACUAUGCUCAAAGCCAGAUCCUUGGUCGAGGAGGCUACGGCACAGUAUACAAGGGAAUUCUAUCUGAUCACAGAACUGUUGCUGUUAAGAAAUCAAAAAUAGUUGACGAAAAUCAAAUCGAGCAAUUCAUAAAUGAGGUGGUUAUUCUCUCCCAAAUCAACCAUAGAAAUGUGGUGAAGCUAUUAGGUUGUUGCUUAGAGACGGAGGUUCCUAUAUUAGUGUAUGAAUUUGUUAGGAACAAAACCUUAUUCCACCAUAUCCAUGUUGAGGGCCACAAUUCUCCAAUUUCAUGGGAUAAUCGUUUAAGGAUAGCUGCAGAAACAUCAGAGGCUAUCGCCUAUUUGCAUUCUGCAGCUUCACCACCUAUCAUUCAUAGAGAUAUCAAGUCCGCCAACAUUCUAUUGGAUGAUGAUUAUAAAGCAAAGGUGUCAGACUUUGGUGCAUCAAGGUUGGUUCCUUCAGACCAAACUCAAAUUAGUACUCUAGUGCAAGGAACAUUGGGGUACUUAGACCCAGAGUACCUUCAAUCAAGUCAACUAACGGAAAAGAGUGAUGUUUAUAGCUUUGGUGUAGUACUUGUGGAGCUAUUAACUGCAAAAAAGGCACUCUAUUCCGAUGGGCCUGGUAAAGAGACAAAUCUAGCAAUGCAUUUUGUCACUUCAACCAAAGAGGGUAGGGUCUGGGAAAUUCUAGAUCAUCGGAUCAUAUCCGAAGAAUGUAAGGAGCAACUCCAUGAAAUUAUACAAUUGGCUGAAAGGUGUUUAAGGGUAAAAGGAGAAGAAAGGCCUUCAAUGAAGGAAGUGGCAACGGAGUUGGAAGGGUUGAGCAAGUAUCAGAGGCACCCUUGGGUUGCAACGAAUCCUGAGGUGGAAUGUCUUCUUGGCGAACCAUCAAACUUGCGAAGUCACAACAUUAUUGGGUACGAUAGUUUGGCUAUUGAAGGGCUACUGUCAUUAGAUGGUGGGCGUUGAUUAUACCUCUCUUUAAGAUAUAUGUCAUUGGAAUCUUCCUUCUUUAGUUUCUGUUUUAGUCUUGUAUUCCAUUGUAUGGUUCAUGCUUGUCAUUCUAAGCUCAACAAUUAGUGAAACAAAGCCUUGCUUGGUAUA